GGAGGCCGCUCGGAGCCGCGCGAACAUGGCCGAAGUCGGCGAGGACAGCGGCGCCCGCGCCCUGCUCGCGCUGCGCUCGGCGCCCUGCAGCCCCGUGCUGUGCGCCGCAGCCGCAGCCGCCGCCUUCCCGGCGGCCGCGCCCCCGCCGGCCCCAGCGCAGCCCCAGCCUCCGCCCGGGCCGCCGCUGCCGCCGCCGCCGCCGCUGCCUCCGGGCGCGAUCGCGAUCGCGGGCGCGGGCUCCUCCGGGGGGUCCUCCGGGGUAUCCGGAGACUCCGGGGGCGCGGGCGCAGCGCCGGCCCUGGUGGCCGCGGCGGCCGCCUCUGUGCGGCAGAGCCCGGGGCCGGCGCUGGCGCGGCUGGAGGGCCGCGAGUUCGAGUUCCUCAUGCGCCAGCCCAGCGUCACCAUCGGCCGCAACUCGUCGCAGGGCUCGGUGGACUUGAGCAUGGGCCUGUCCAGCUUCAUCUCGCGGCGCCACCUGCAGCUCAGCUUCCAGGAGCCGCACUUCUACCUGCGCUGCCUCGGCAAGAACGGCGUCUUCGUGGACGGGGCCUUCCAGCGGCGCGGCGCGCCCGCCUUGCAGCUGCCCAAGCAGUGUACCUUCCGGUUUCCCAGCACGGCCAUCAAGAUCCAGUUCACGUCGCUCUACCACAAAGAAGAGGCCCCGGCCUCCCCGCUCCGGCCGCUGUACCCACAGAUCUCCCCUCUGAAGAUCCACAUCCCGGAGCCGGACCUCCGGAGCAUGGUCAGCCCCGUCCCCUCCCCGACUGGCACCAUCAGCGUCCCCAACUCCUGCCCAGCCAGUCCACGUGGUGCCGGCUCCUCCAGUUACCGCUUUGUGCAGAACGUGACCUCAGACCUGCAGCUGGCAGCAGAGUUUGCAGCAAAGGCCGCUUCGGAGCAGCAGGCAGACACGUCUGGAGGAGACAGCCCCAAGGAUGAGUCAAAGCCGCCGUUCUCCUACGCGCAGCUGAUCGUGCAGGCCAUCUCCUCUGCCCAGGACCGGCAGCUGACCCUGAGCGGGAUCUAUGCCCACAUCACCAAGCAUUACCCCUACUACCGGACGGCUGACAAAGGUUGGCAGAAUUCUAUCCGACACAACCUCUCUUUGAACCGUUACUUUAUUAAAGUCCCACGUUCCCAGGAGGAGCCUGGGAAGGGGUCUUUUUGGCGAAUAGACCCCGCCUCUGAAGCCAAGCUCGUGGAACAGGCAUUCCGGAAACGGAGGCAGAGGGGAGUCUCCUGCUUCCGCACCCCCUUCGGGCCUCUGUCCUCAAGGAGCGCUCCAGCUUCACCCACACACCCCGGACUGAUGUCCCCUCGCUCCAGCGGCCUGCAGACCCCAGAGUGCCUGUCUCGGGAGGGCUCCCCCAUUCCACACGACCCUGAGUUUGGGUCCAAGUUAGCUUCUGUCCCAGAGUACCGGUAUUCCCAAAGUGCACCCGGCUCCCCCGUCAGUGCCCAGCCAGUGAUCAUGGCCGUGCCUCCCCGACCGUCCAGCCUCGUGGCCAAGCCCGUGGCCUACAUGCCCGCCUCCAUCGUAACCUCACAGCAGCCCGCAGGUCACGCCAUCCACGUUGUGCAGCAGGCCCCCACCGUCACCAUGGUCAGGGUGGUCACCACGUCUGCCAACUCGGCCAACGGAUACAUCCUCACCAGCCAGGGUUCGGCAGGAGGCUCCCAUGAUGCCGCGGGCGCAGCCGUGCUGGACCUGGGCAGCGAGGCCAGAGGCCUGGAGGAGAAACCCACCAUUGCAUUUGCCACAAUCCCCGCGGCCGGUGGAGUCAUCCAGACAGUGGCCAGCCAGAUGGCCCCUGGGGUCCCUGGACACACAGUCACCAUCCUGCAGCCCGCCACACCUGUGACCCUCGGGCAGCACCACCUUCCAGUCCGGGCCGUCACUCAGAAUGGAAAGCAUGCGGUUCCCACGAACAGUUUAGCUGGCAACGCUUACGCCCUCACCAGCCCUCUGCAGCUCCUUGCGACCCAGGCGAGUUCGUCCGCGCCGGUGGUGGUCACCCGGGUGUGUGAGGUGGGGCCCAAGGAGUCAGCAACAGCCGUCGCGGCCACGGCCACCACCACCCCAGCCACUGCCACCACCGCCUCUGCCUCUGCCUCUUCCACUGGAGAGCCCGAGGUCAAAAGGUCCCGGGUGGAGGAGCCCAGUGGGGCUGCAACCACACCGGCUGGAGUGAUCGCAGCCGCUGGCCCCCAGGGGCCAGGCACCGGCGAGUGAGGUCACCUGCAAUGUGGGGGAGUGGGACUCACCCAGCGGCGACCCCGAAGCUGGACCCGGCAGCUCAGGCGGCCGCACCCACAGACGGAGGAGAACAGCCCAUGGCGGCCCGCGGGCAUCAGCAGCACCUGGACACACCCAGCCCUUUCCAUUUUAUCGCCUGCCCUCCCGUGGUUUAAAACAAAAACACAUAAACAAGUUCAGACAACUGAUUGUAUGAUUCUGGGAAUUCUUUGCUUUCAUUUCCUUCUCCCUCGGCACCACCUCCUCUCCCCAGGCUUCCCUGUCGGGCGUGGGGAGGAGGUUGGAGCUCAGCAUCUCGAGGAAUGUGUCAAGACAGCCCCUCUGCUCCACGCUGCACGACCAACUGCCUUUGUCUCGGGAGGACGGACAGAAACGCAGCACGGCACACACCGAGGCUGCCGGGGAGGCCCGGGAACCGGACGGAUGCCUGUUGAGGAAGCCAGGAGCUGCCGAGCCACGGACUGCCUAACAUCCUCUCUGCCCGGAACGUGACAUGGAGAGUGUUGGCAUUAACUCGGGGGGUGUUCGGAUUCACUUUGGACCCCAAAUUUUUCUUUGUUUAAACUUGGAAUUCAGACUUCAUUGUACACCUGAGGCAGACACAAAAGGGAUCGUGUAUUUCUGAGGAUUUCAUCUGUUGACGGUCUGAUGACUGGCCGUAGGUCUGGGGUUCCCGCUGGGUUGAGUCCCCUCGAAGAGUAAACCUGCCACUCUGAUAACUUCAAGUAAGAGCAGCAGCUUCCUGGGUUGGCAUUCGCGGUGGAAGCUUCCUAGGAUGCAAGAUCGGCCUGGAUCCGCCCGCCGCAGACAUCGCACUGCCGGGGACAGUCGGGGCCACUGCUUUGCAGACCAGACCUCCCCAGAUUCUCCCGUGGCUCUGACGUCCCGGUGCUGACGGCCACAGUGGGACCCAACGGUGCCAAAUGCCUUCUGCUCCAGCUGCUCUUUCACCCAGUUACAGCGUCCGUACCACUCCCACAUUGAUCUGCUGUUUUAAAUUGGAACCAUUUCUCCUGCCUGAAACUCCAGGGCCCCUCCGUGAGCAGAAGGGAGGUGGCAUGUGGCCACCCUCAUGGGGGAGCUCUGUUUGCUCCUGGGCCACUGCUCAGGUCCGUCCGUGAGCAGAAGGGAGACCACACCCCAGCAGCAGCGGCAAGCAGGCCUGUGCCUCCACACCCAGCCCCAGCCAACGCGACUGCUUUUGUUUGCUACACGGUGAGAACCGGAGGAUGGGAUGCUGCAGCAGUUGGGUGGCUCCGAGGUCCCUGAGGAAGCCCCUCCUGCACUUCUAUUAAGACGGCCAGUGGCGCCUGGAUCUUUUGUCAUCAAGCGGCAUUGAGCCAGAGCUGUGUAAUGCCGAGCCCAGCUCCAGGAGGAAAGAGGAGUCCUUCCGUGUGUGUUGGAGAUGCGAGCUGCAUCCCUGUAAAGGUCAGCUGUCAGUUUUGCUGGCCGCUCCGGCGCUGGCUGUCCUGUUGGGGAAACAGCGACAGAUUCAAUACAGAGCUCUGGAAGAGCCUGAGGAGUAGUGGGUCUUGGAAAUCGCCCAUCCUCUGUGUCACAGCCUCUCACCAGCAAAGGAGCCUCCACCCGGGCCGUGGCGGGAGAGCCACAAAGGGACCCAGGUGCCUGGAAGGCGUCUGAGGGAGGCGGCUGGGCAGGUGUCUCCCUGGAGAAGAAGGGAGAAUGCUUUUUCAAAGUGAUUCCGAGGCAGUGCGGGAGGACACGCGUGCUGUGCGGCGGAGUGGGGUCGCCCGUGGCCCCAUCAGAGUCCCUGUCCCCCAGGACAAGUGCAGGACCUCUGUGGGCCCCCUCCUUCCACCUAGAUAGAGAAAACCCCUGUUCAGUUUCCUUCUCCCAUUCUGUUGUUUUUCUAAGCCCUCCAAAAUGAGUCGUUUCUAUGGCACUAACCUUUCCAUGAGAAAUAAGCUCUUUGUGGAAGUCCAUACCUGUUGCGCUGGGUGAGGUUUCAGAGAAGUGGGGGCGGGAUGAACACAGCCGGCCGUCCUGGGUGCAGUUCCAUCCGUGGAGGGUGAGCGAUUGCGCCCCGUACCACACUGAAGCCUCCUGCUGUCGUCUGUGGGCCUUUUCUUUCCGUGGUGCCUGGUGUGUGCGUGCAUGGCUGAGAGAAUGGGGUGUGGUGGUUGGAGAUGGCUCCCUGACACCGGUGCCUGUGUGGCCUGAGCCGGCGCCCUCCCGGGAACGCCCGUCACAGGGGGCCUCUGUGACCACCUGCUGCUGCUCUCUCCUCCGUGGUGAUUGUGUGUCCCCAGGGCUGCACGUGGCCACCCUCGGGGGAGCUCUGUUUGCUUCUGGGCCACUGCAGGUUGGCCUCCUCGUGCAAGCUGAUGUCUGCAGGGAGCGCGGCGUGCCAGGAUUGCACCACGUGUUGGUCACAAAGUGAGGUCGCCUCUUGGCCUGGUCUGCUCAGGCUGGCUCUGACCCACUUGCUUUCCUGGUUUUGAGACGGAGCACAUUCUUCCUGUUAGCGGUAGCGUUCUCUGAUUUCACUGCUUCAAUGCCAAGGGCGUGGAAAGGGAGUGGUGGAUGGAGCCGGAAGGUGGCGAGCACAGGAUCCCUGGGCUGCGUUCUGCCGCUUGGGAGUCCUCACUGUCUAGCUUCUGCGGGGACUGCAAAGAGGGAUGAAGGGACGUGGUCCUAGGGGUCGGCUCAGACUCAGAGCAGGGCAGGGAGAGGAGGCCUGGGUCCUGGAUCCACUGCUCUGGGCUCGUAACCAUGAGAUUUUGAAAGAGUUUUUGGUCAUCUGAGCAGGUACCAUGCCUGGCUCAUGCUGGAGCUUGUCUUGGAACCGGUAGCCAGAGGCCCAGGAAGGGACAGGGCCCAAAAGAGCUGCACAUCCCGGCCACAAAGUCCUCCCGGCGUGCCCUGAGCCAGCCCAGUGAGUGCCUCCCAGCCAGGCGCUUUUGCGGAAGCAAGAACACAGGCCAGGGGCACCGGGAGAGCCUCAGCCCCCAGCCUGGGCGGCCUGUGACCCUGAGCCGUGUCUGGUUGACCCAAGAACCUUCUCUGGGUUCUCAAGGGUGAGCUGACCCUAGCGACAUGCAGAAAUGUGGGGAGCAAAAGCAGCUUGAUUCCAGCCCCAUUCUGGGGUCACUGCAGAGGCAGAGGCUGAGGGCCUGCUCUCUGGUCACCAGGGUCUGGGGGCACGGUCCACAGCGGAUGAAAACAGCAGGUCACAGUGGUGACUUUGGGAAGGGCCCCUCCUGCUUUGCCCUGUUCGGAAAGGGGCUCCCUCAGAGCCCCUGGGCUCGGUAACCCGCUUCUCUCUUCUGCUUCCUGCGGGAUAAUUGCCAGGUUUACCAAAUACAAGAAAACACCCACUUUGGCUAGGAGGUAAGUCCCAAAAACAACGUCUUAAGUGGUUGAGGACAGGCAUCCACAGAGGCCAUCUGGUGGCACCUGGGAAGUGGGGAAGCAGGGCCUGAGCGUUCCCCGGCUGCUACGGCAGCAGCUGGCUCAGGGCACCCUCUCCCGUGCCAGCUUCUGCCACCAGCCCAGUGUCCACGGAGCAGCAGGGCCAGAGGAGCUCAGGGAGACCUGGCUGUCAAGGGCAUGGUGCCCAGUGUCCCGGUGUGUGCCCGUCCUCAGCCACUUGUGUCUUUCUUCCCACGUGGAAGUUCUCCCGGUGACACCUGCCCUCUGUUGAGGGUGGAAUCUGUCACUCAUGCCUUUGAGGGACCCAGAUAGACUGUCCCUCUUCUGCUUUCUUUCUACAUUCCUAAAAAACCUCAAUGUUAAUCCCUCACCAAUGGGCCGAGUACGGUCUCACGGCUCUGCAGCGCCCCAGCCUUCUCCCACCGGCUUCACGCUAGAGGGCGCCAUGUGCUGUGGGUGAAACGAGACGCUGGUGUCAGGUCCCCAUGCAGAGACCCUUGAGGCGGCGCUGGGAAGACACUGGGCGGGACCGUGACCAGGCAGGUGGAGCCAUGUGUGUCUCACACCUGCUGCCCCUCAGUUUCCUUCCCGAGGUCUGGUGUGUUCUCUUUGGGGUUUGCUGUUUAUUUGUAUUUCCUUUUUCUUUGAUUUAAGAACCAUGCCGAGUGAAAAAGGUGGGAAUGAAUUUCUGAGUUGCUGAGUGUUCCCUGAUCCUAGGUACUGCGCUCUGUGCUUCUUGAGCAGGGAGGGGAUGGAUUUGGUGGAGUUGGGCCGGGCCGGGGCUUCACCCUGCCCCCUCCAGACUGCCGGAGCCCCAAGAAGUUUUGAGUCCAGCUGGGCCUUGCCGCCCGCCCCAUCGCCCGCUCCUGGGUCCGUUUACUGGUUUAAGAUCAGAGGCAUCAUUCAGUGAAUGCUCUCGUGUUCUCUACAUAAAGAGGGCCCUCCCUGGAACACCCCAAGGGAGCUGGGACUCUCCAAAAAGCCCCCACUAAGGGCUCCCCUCUGUCUCUCGAGAGAAAAUCCCUUCUUUGGGCGAACCAGCGCGUUCAGGAGGAGGAGGAAGCUUUUCCUUGGCUUUGAAAUCAGUGUUUUUAUAGAGACAAAGAACAGACCUCAGUGGAAAACUGAAAACGUAAUUGAACAUGGGGAAGCGUCGGAGAAGAAAGGAUUUUCCCCUUCGCUUUCAGAGCCGGCGGGAGCGCAGGUCUAUUUUGCUUCAGAAGCCUCACAUUCUGCGUUGCCUUUGAGUGACUUCAUGCGGGGUGAGGAACUGUAGAGCUCUCUAGAGAGGAUACCCCAAGUCCAUCCUGGGCUCCUCCUCACCCCUCUGAGAAAGCCCCCUAAAAAAGGCUUUAGAAUCACCAGCGUGCCGCCUUAUGUUGCAGGGCGGAAUCGCACGCUCCUCACGCUGGAGUAAGUUACAAAACAUGACUGUAAGGCUCUUUGCAAAUGCAGAGCCCCAGAAUGCUGGCUGGAGGCCUCCUCGGCCCUGCGGGCGGCCUGGCUGCAGUAGGUCUGCUGUAAGGGGCGACCACGGUGACUGCGUCACACUCCUGAUGAAAACGUGUUUACCCACAGCCUCGCCUCAAGCCUCCUUGACAUUACCGCUGCCUCGAAGCAAUAUUAUUUAAUAAGGAUACUUUACAUUGCUUACAUGUGCUGCUAUGAAGACAGGAUUAAUCCUUAGAACAGGACUCAGCUCCGGAGGUUCCCGGGUAAUGUAUUUUGGCUCUUGGAAGUGAGGGUAGAAUUGAGAAUAUAACAAAUGGUCUCCUGCC